AUUUAUAUUUAUACAUUUAUAAUAGUGUGCGAAUGAGUGGAAAAUAACACUCUUUAAUUACAUUUAUUUUUAAAUAACAAACACUUAUUCGUUUGUUGGUCAAUAUUAGCAACCUCGAUGACUCAAAUAUUGAUUCGGGUGAUUUUUCGAAAAAUCAUCCAGCAGGGCUGCCAACAUAAAGAAUUAAUUGCGACCCGAAGCUUGACCCGUCGUUGUCAAAAAACCCAUUUAUCCGUUUACUCAUUAACAUUGCUAGCCAAAUCUGUAAUCCAUGCCAUGGUUGAAAUAUUCUAAUUCGAAUUCCAUUAUGUAAAAAGCAACACCACCUAGAAAGGCGUGGGUAAAAAGUCGCUAAUCAGUGCCGCCAACUUACGUAAUGUUGCCCACCCUGAAGCUUGACAGCUGUCAUUGUCAAAAUGCUUUUCCAAUAACAACAACAAUGUUUGUAUCGCAUUAUAAAUAAUUAACAUCAUCGAUUUUACGAAAAAUGGGGAGCGAAAAGCUUUUAUUUCGCUUGGAACAGCCCCAUGGGACCGGUGAUAUUUACAUAGCAUGGCAGAAAGGAUCUGGAAUGUAUCUAGCAACAACUGGAAUAGAUUCAAUGGUUAAUAUUUUUGAUAGGUAUGGGCAAAUACAGGACCGGAUUAGACUACCAAGUCUGUGUACUGGGUUCGGGUGGGACUCGGACGGCGAUCUCUUAGCCGUCAUCUGUCAAGCCCCCCAGUUAACUCUAUGGGACGCCAAUACUCAAAAAAAAAUACAAAUUGACGUGCGAUUAAAAGACCAGAUGUCGUGUUUAGUGUGGGCGAAAACUACCCCAAUGUUGGCCGUGGGGACUUGCAAAGGCAACGUCUCUAUUUAUAAUCACAACACGUCAAAGCGCACCCCUAUUAUAGGCAAACACACCAAAAAAAUAACCUGUGGGGUGUGGAACACCGAAAAUUUACUCGCCCUUGGUUCCGAAGAUAAAACAAUAUCAAUUAGUAACCUAGAUGGAGACACUUUGAGAGUGAUCAAUUUGAGGGCUGAACCUUCUGAGAUACAUUUUUCUGAAAUGAAGCUCGAUGAGCGAAUGGGGGGCGAAAACACCGUCAGCGUCAUUGUAGGCAAACGCACCCUCUAUCUAUACAAUUUACUAGAUCCAGACAACCCUAUAGAACUCGCAUUUCAACAACAUUACGGCAACCUCGUCACUUAUAAGUGGUUCGGUGACGGCUACAUUCUCAUAGGUUUCACAGGUGGGUAUUUCAUAGCGAUCUCCACUCACAUCAAAGAAGUGGGACAGGAAUUGUUUCAAAUACGCAACCACAAAAGCACACUCAAUGACAUUACGGUGUGCGAAAAAAUAGGAAAGGCGGCCUCUUGCGGCGACAACAACGUUAAAAUCCACGACUUGAGUAACCUUCAGGAAACUUCUAGCGUUCUGUCUUUAUCACAGGAGGCCGGUCUAGAGAGAAUAAGUUGGAGUGUUGAUGGCCAGUUGUUUGCGGUGUGCACCAGAGGCGGCUCGUUGAAUGUAUACGUCUCUCACGUGCCUCUACUGACCUCAGUCUGUGCCCCCAGGAUAGCCAUCCUGUCGAGCUUGACAGAGAUAAGCUUGUACAAUUACUCGUCUGAGAAAGCGAAGCUUAAGCCCAUCGCUAUCACUUUGGAAACGGAGCCGAGCUUUAUCGCAGUGGGUCCUUAUCACAUAGCGGCCGGUAUGAACAACAGAGUGUGGUUUUACGAUUUGACGCGGCCCCAGCCGGGGGCCGACGACGCUCCCUUGAUGCUUAAAGAUAGACAGUACCUUGGGGGCGUCACUAGUAUUAAAUUAAACCCGGAAUAUGCGUCGGUUCUGUUCGAGGGAAAACUCCAGCUGCAUAUGAUCGAACAGCCCGAAGUUUGUCACGAAGAUCGCGAGACCAUCAUGUUUCCCGAUGCGAAUUCGCCGAAUUUAUUCAUAACUUGCCAUGCUCUGACGACUGACUUUUUAAUCUACGGGACGGAUAUGGGAAACAUUGUGUAUUUUCACGUGGAAGAGUGGGCUGUGGCGACUGAGUACUCGCACUCGGUGGGUAUAACGAAUAUUUUUAGCGAUCCGGCGGGCAGUCGGAUCAUUUUUGUGGAUAUUAAGGGGCUGGGGUACGUCUACAAUGCUGUGAUAAAUGAAGUUGUUGCCAUACCAAACCUACCCAAUAAAGUGUCUGGAGCUACGUGGGACAGCAACAUCAACGACCGCAAUAUUUUUUUAGUUCACGACCAACACGACAUCUUUACGUACGUGUACGUGAAAUAUUCAGUCCACGGUCCCUCAGUUGAGAAAAUCGGUCAAACCUCUCUAGUUUCCAAACAGACCCCGCUUUUAAUGUACUCCGGCGAAGUGAUAUCAGCGACAUCUGGCGGCCAAAUCAGUCGCCUUAUGCUCAACACCCACGACUCGCACCAAGCCGGUAUAAGCGAACGGGAGCACACCAUUCUAGAAUCCAACUUCCACAAACAGAUAGCUUUGCACAGGUUUUCCGCUGCGUGGAACACAUGCGAAGUUCUUAAAUCGGACGACUCCUGGCGAAAAUUGGCCGUCGAAGCCAUAAAACACCUAGAAAUCGACUUGGCCAUUCGUGUUUAUAAAAUGCUGGAGGACGUCUCGAUGGUGUGGUCUUUGGAGAGCAUCUCCGGGGUGGAAGAUUCCAAGCUACUCUGCGGCUACGUUUCCAUGUUCCUUGAGGACUUCGACUUAGCGCAGAAGUGGUUCCUGGAGUCGAGUUACCCAGUGGCCGCUCUUGAAAUGCGCCGCGAUCUGCUCCAGUGGGACCAAGCUCUACAACUGGCGAAAAAAAUGGCGCCCGAGCAGAUCGCCUUAAUUUCGAGAGAGUACGCCCAACAGCUCGAAUUCACCGGGAAUUACUCGGAAGCGCACAUCCACUACGAGAAAGGUCUACAGGAGAACUUAAGCCGCGAACACACCUACAUUUGUAAAGCGGGGAUAGCGAGAACCGCUCUCCACUGUAACAAUCAUCGCCACGGUAUCAGUAUAGCUUUAGAGUUAGACAACAAACAACUCCUACGGGAGUGUGCGGAGAUCCUCGAAAAGAACAAACUGUUGAACGACGCCGCCAUGUUGUUCGAGAAGUGUCACAAUUACGAUCGGGCAGCCAUGGCUUACAUUAAAUUGCGAAACUGGCAGAAAGUCGGCGACAUUUUACCGAAAGUAUCUUCGAAUAAGAUUCAUUUGCAAUACGCGGUUGCUAAGGAGAACGAAGGUAGGUAUGACGAGGCAGUCGGGGCGUAUUACACGGCCAAGGACUUCGAUUCGGUGAUUCGACUACAACUCGAACACUUGAACAAUCCCGAGAUUGCGGUGGAACUCGUCCAAGAAACGAAAAGUGUGGAAGGGGCGAAACUCGUGGCGAAGUUUUUCCAAAAAUUGAACGACUACACGUCCGCUAUUAAAUUCUUGGUGUUGUCGAAAUGCAACGACGAAGCGUUCGAUCUGGCGCGAAAACACGGAAAAAUGCAACUCUAUGGAGAAAUACUUCUGAAUACACUGUCCCCGGAUGAGUUGCGUCCGCAGGACUUCAACAGCGUAGCCAUGCAUUUCGAGAACGAACGCAACAGUCUGCUAGCCGGCACGUAUUGGUUCCACGCCAAAGAGUACGCAAAAGCCAUGAAACAUCUACUAAAAGCCGCUAAAUCGAACUCGAAAGAAAACGAAGCCAUCACUGCAGCCAUAGACGUAGUGGCUUCUUCAAAAGACGAAGCCUUGUCAGCGCAACUGAUCGAGUUUCUUCUGGGAGAAGCCGACGGCUUACCCAAAGACCCUAAAUACCUAUUCCGACUAUACAUGGCGCGCAAACAAUACAAAGAAGCAUCCAAGUCGGCGCUGAUCAUAGCCAACGAAGAACAAAUCAACGGGAACUACCGCAACGCGCAUGACGUGCUUUUCGCCAUGUACCAAGAACUAAAACAGAACGGCAUCAAAAUCCCCAGCGAAAUGCAAGCCAAUCUCAUGCUCUUGCACAGUUACAUUUUGGUACGACUGCAUGUUCGGCGGGGCGACCACCUAAAAGGGGCGCGGAUGUUGAUCAGGGUUGCCAACAACAUCUCGAAGUUUCCGUCGCAUAUCGUUCCAAUUUUGACUUCAACAGUCAUCGAGUGUCACAGGGCCGGCCUCAAACACGCCGCCUUCAAGUACGCUACGAUGUUGAUGAACCCCGAGUAUCGCAAAAACGUCGACGCCAAAUACGCGAAGAAAAUCGAAGCGGUGGUCAGGAAGCCUCCGAAGAGCGGCAAAGACGGUGACGUCGGGGAUCCGGUCGAACCGCUGACUCCAUGUCCGUACUGCGAGAAUUUGCUCCCCGAAACAGAAGUGAAUUGUAUCAACUGCAAGAAUAACAUCCCGUUUUGUAUAGUGACGGGUCGCCAUAUCGUGACGACUGACUUGACGGCGUGUCCGGAAUGCGAUUUCCCGGCUUUGAGGCCUGCGUUUAUUGAGAUCCUCGACAACGAAGAUAGUUGCCCCAUGUGUUCGGAAAAAGUGGAUUCUCGAAGAUUGCCUAAAAUCGACGAUUUUAAACCAUACUUAAAUGUUGAAUAAUCAUUGAUCUCAUUGUUUGAGUAUUAUUUAUUUAUUUAUUUUAGUACAAUUAGUUUUUAGGGAAUAGAUCCGUCCAUAAGUAACCAGUGCCGUCCUUGUGUAGUGCAAUAGCUGUUAAAAGAAGGAAAUAUACAUUUUAGAAAGUU